AUGUAUACAUUUUUGAUGGGAAAAAGUUCAGAUCCACAUGAUGUUAAUUCAUAUGAUCAAUUAAAUCCUGUUCAUCAAUCAAAACCAAUAUUUGAUCAUGAUGAUGUAUCUUCGAGCAGUAGUGAAAGUGAUGAAGAAAAUGGUUACAUGCGUCCUGCGACAUCAUUUUUAAGAUUCGGUAGACAAAUACCAUCAUCAUCAGGAUCAUUUCUGCGUUUUGGUCGUUCAAGUCCAUUGUUUUCACGUUUUAAUCGUGGUGGUCAUAAUACAGGAACAUUUCUUCGUUUCGGUCGACGAGGUCAACAAUCAUAUCCAAGCAGUUUGUUUCGUUUUAGUCGAAAAGGUGACUUUUUACGAUUUGGAUAA